AUGCGUCUCCUGCACCUCCGCCUGCCCUACCGGGCCCCAUCCCUCUACCCUCCCUACGCCCUAGCCUCACGCCUGCAAGACCACCUCCGCCGCUCUCUCCUCGACCUCAAGGACAACCGCCCCGGUUCCAAACCCUACACGCCAACGCUAAUCUCCUUCACGCCCUUACCCACUUACACCCUCGGCCGGCGGCAAACCAGUCCACUCACCGAUGAUGAAGCAGCCCGUUUAUCAGCACCUGUGCAUUAUCCAUCAUCAUCGCCAUCAGGGUCAUCAACAUCACCAUCACCAUCACAACAAAUGAAUGGUGGGAAAGAUGACACUGUUGUUACAAAACUCCCAGUCUCAAUCCUCCACUCCCCCCGCGGCGGCCUAACCACCUACCACGGCCCAGGGCAGGUCGUCCUCUGGCCGAUUUUGGACUUGGUCUCGGCAGAGCACAACAAGUACACGGUGCGGUGCUACACGCGUCUCCUAGAAAAAACGACCAUUGCCACCCUCCGAAAAACUUUCGGUCUGAAAGCUUUCACGACGGAGGAUCCGGGGGUUUGGGUUAGGAGUGGGGCUGCUUGGACGCCGGUGUCGGCAGAGACGGAGGAGGCAGAGGCGGCGGAGGUGUUGAAGGGGGAGGAGAGCUGUGCGCUUGAAGGAACUGGGGAAACUGUCAAGGGUGGUGAGGAAGAUGGAAACGGCAACCUAGCCAAAAUCGCCGCCCUAGGCGUCCACCUCCGCCGCCACGUCUCCGGCCUCGGCACGGCUAUUAACGUGGAUAUGCCCGGCCCCGAAGUCACAUCAGAAGCAUUGAACCCAUGGGCGAGGUUUGUUGCUUGUGGUUUGGAAGGGAAGACGGUGACGAGUGUUAAGGGGGAGUUGGUCGAGGCGGCUUGGGUCAAGGCUAUGGGUGAUUACGAGGGCAUGCUGAACCCGCCAGCUGUGGCUAAUGCUUGGGCGGAGAAUCUGGCGAGGAAUAUUGGUGUUGAGGAGGUCAAGACGGUGGGGGAGGAGGAGGUGAUGAGGAUGUUGGAGGAGUUGGUUGGUGGUGGUGGGAAGGUUACCUCUACCGAAGAGGAGAAAGAAGCAUAUAGAGAAAGCAUAGCAUAG